UCGAAACCUCAGCACCUAAUCUCAGCAUAAUGGCGCCAAAACCAUCAAAGGGUUCAAUUUCCUUUGCCUUUUUUGUCAUUGUUUGCCUUCAUCUUUGCAGCAGCUACGGAAAGGUGUCAGCAAAUAAUGAUCCUAAAAUUAGAGGGAUGUUUGUCUUUGGAAGUUCCCUUGUUGAUAAUGGCAAUAACAAUUUCCUUCCAAACUCACUAGCUAAGGCCAACUAUUUCCCUUAUGGAGUAGAUUUUCCUCUUGGUUCUACUGGGAGAUUCACCAACGGGAAGAAUGUGGUCGACCUUCUCGGUGAAUUGCUAAAACUUCCGACUUUUAUUCCACCUUUCGCAGAUCCCACAACUAAGGGGAGAAGGAUCCUUUAUGGUGUAAAUUAUGCAUCUGGUGCUUCUGGGAUAUUAGAUGAAACUGGUGCAAUUGCAGGCCAGGUUUUCAGCUUGAAUAAGCAGAUAGAAAACUUCGAGAAUGUGACACUUCCUGAAUUCGGGAAUGGGGAAGAUUUUGGGAAAUCACUAGCCCACUACUUGUUUGUGGUUGGAACCGGAGGAAACGAUUACACAUUUAAUUACUUCCUGAGCAGAGACAAAGACAGCAGCAAUGUCAGUCUUGAAGCAUUCACUACAAAGUUGACUACUACUCUCUCUCGUCAACUUAAGAGGCUGUAUAAUUUGGGAGCUCGAAAGUUCGUACUCAUGUCUGUGAACCCAAACGGAUGCACCCCAAUGGCCAGGACCAUGAUUCCAAUGCAUGAACGUUGCAUACAAAGUGUAAAUCGAGCUAUUCAUCUUUUUAACACCAACCUGAAGGCCAUGGUGGAUGAAAUCCAACUAGAAUUGCCUGCUUCCAAGCUUGUUUAUGUUAACUCGUACAAAAUUGUUAGGGAUAUCAUAAAAGAGCCGUCAUCAAAAGGUUUCGAAGAUGCCAAAAAUGCUUGUUGCAAAGUGCCAUCGAUAGAAGAAGGUGGGACUGGAACUCUUUGCAAGAGAGGUGGAUCAAUUUGUUCAAAUAGGAGAAGUAACGUUUUCUUUGAUGGGCUGCAUCCUACUGAAACUGUAAAUGCUGUCAUCGCAAAUAAGGCAUAUUAUUCCAACUCCAGAGCUGAAGUCUACCCCAUGAAUAUUAAGCAACUCUCCCAAAUUUAAAGAUAUUCCUGUAUGGUAUGGUAUGUAUUGUAAUAUUAUCAACUGGCAGUGUUUCAGAGACUUAUGUAUGGAUUUGUUAUGAUUAAUUAGCUUCUAUAAAAGGAGCUUGUGCC